CCGCGAAAAAGAAAAAAUCUCACGGCCGCGCCGGGGAGGAGGGGGGGAUCACCGGUGAUUCGUGCGGCGAAGGGAGGCGGAGGCGGAGGCGGAUGGGGGACAUGGAGGCGGCGAGGAGGACGCUGGCGCUGGUGAACCUGGCGGCGAUCAUGGAGAGGGCGGACGAGGCGCUGCUGCCGGCGGUGUACAGGGAGGUGGGCGCGGCGCUGCACGCCACGCCCAUGGGGCUCGGCGCGCUCACGCUGUGCCGCUCCUUCGUGCAGGCGGCGUGCUACCCGCUCGCCGCCUACGCCGCCGUGCGGUACAACCGCGCGCACGUCGUCGCCGCCGGGUCCUUCCUCUGGGCCGCCGCCACCUUCCUCGUCGCCGUCUCCGACACCUUCGCCCAGGUGGCAGUAGCAAGGGGCCUGAACGGCGUUGGCCUAGCACUGGUCACUCCAGCGAUCCAAUCCCUAGUGGCGGACUGCAGCGACGACAGCACCCGCGGCUCUGCCUUCGGGUGGCUCCAGCUCACGGGGAACCUCGGCUCGGUGAUCGGCGGGCUGUUCUCCCUCACGCUCGCGUCCACGACGGUCAUGGGCGUCGCCGGCUGGCGCGUCGCGUUCCACGUCGUUGCCCUCAUCAGCGUGGCCGUCGGCGCCAUGGUCGGCGCCUUCGCGGUGGACCCUCAUUCCGGCGGCGUCCAGCAGCAACAGUACGACGAUGACCAUCAGCGAAGAACGGAGCAGCGUCGUAGGCCGCCGCCAUGGGAGGAGAUGAAGGACCUGGCCGUGGAGGCCAGGGCCGUGGUGGGGAUACCCUCGUUCCAGAUCAUCGUGGCGCAGGGUGUCACGGGGUCGUUCCCAUGGUCGGCGCUGUCGUUCGCGCCGAUGUGGCUGGAGCUGAUGGGAUACACGCACGCCAUGACCGGGCUGCUCACGACGGCGUUCGCGGUGGCGAGCUCGCUGGGAGGGCUUCUGGGCGGGAAGAUGGGGGAUCAUCUGGCUGUCCGGUAUCCGAAUUCCGGCCGGAUAGCUCUGUCUCAGAUCAGCUCGGCUUCGGCGAUUCCGCUUGCAGCUGUGUUGCUGCUGGGGUUGCCUGAUGACUCCUCUUCCGGCUUCCUGCAUGGAUUUGUCAUGUUUGUCAUGGGGCUAAGCAUCUCCUGGAAUGGUCCUGCUACCAACAACCCUAUAUUUGCGGAGAUUGUUCCUGAGAGAUCAAGGACAAGCAUAUACGCGCUGGACCGCUCCUUCGAGUCGGUGCUAGCCUCGUUCGCACCGCCGCUGGUCGGGUUCUUGGCCGAGCACGCCUACGGCUACAGCCCGAUCGCCGACGGAGCUGGAGGCGGAGGCGGAGGAGCGAGCAGCAGCGUCGUGAGGGACAGGGAGAACGCCUCCGCCCUCGCCAAGGCCCUCUACGCCGCGAUCGCCGUCCCCAUGCUGCUGUGCUGCUUCAUCUACUCCCUGCUCUACGGCGCCUACCCUCGCGACAGGGAGAGGGCGAGGAUGGACGCCCUGAUCGCGUCGGAGCUGCAGCUGAUCGAGCUGGAGCGGCGCCACCGGGCAGGAGCAGCAGCGGCGGCGGUGGGGUAUGCUGCAGGAAGGAAGGACGACGCCGCCACCGUGAUCGAUGUGGAGGAGUACGGUGAGGAAGAGUCCGGUGAUGAUGAUGAGGACGAUGAGAGAGCGUUGAUGCGUACGUUACCAGGUUGAACAGGGUGGCAGUGCCAGGUGACGACGGAGUGAAUCAGGUUGAACAUUUUGUUCUAAAAAAAAAAGGUUAGAAACAUUUGGGGCGAACUCCGGUGUAUUUUACUGGUAGUAAAAUUUAA